AUGAUUUCCGAAAGCAGAGGCCGCCCCAACGACCCGACCCUCGGCGCCACACGACAUGCGAUGGCCGUCGACUGGCUUGAAGAUGAUAAUCAUGUGAUGAUACUGGCCGCAGAAAUGUUGGGUCUCUUGUGGACAACCAAGUCGCUCAACACCAAGCUCGUCCAGCUGGCACAGAACUACCACGUGGCGCGAUUGCGGCAGGCAUUCGACGCAGAGAAUCCUACCGAGCACUCUCAGCGAAUCGCAAAUCAUCACAACGAUAAAAAGUUCACGAAGGGCAUGAGAAUCACGUUGGCCAAGUUGAAGAUUGAGCCUGAUUCGACGACCGCCGCGGUCGCGCUGACUGCCAAUUCCCAGGCUAUGCACGAUACUACGAAAUUGCUCCCUGGAAUCAUCGGGGCUGCCUGCGCUCUCUGUCCUGCGACUGCUAUGGUUUCGCCGAGAGGCCUCCGUGGCGUAGUGGAUCACAUUCGUCUUUGUCACGGCCCAUACUUCUGGGGAGGGAAAGCAGGUAGUCUCGAGCACCUGUUCCACAACCUGGGUUGA